GCGGGACGCGGCCAUGGCUGCCCGGGAGGCCCUUGCGACGCCCGCCAAGGCUGCGCGGCGCGGGGAGCACGGUCAGGGCCCCCCGUCCGUGGUCAUCCCGGCCUCGCCCUUCAUGCAGACGCUCGGCUACGGCACCGGCGUCCACGUCUAUCUCAUGAAGCGGUCCCCCAGAGGAACGGCUCGUUCUCCCUGGGCCGUGAAGAAGCUAAACCCCAAAUGCGACUCCAGCCGGCAACGUACUUAUCAGCAGAGACUGAAUGAAGAGGCCCGAAUUUUGAAGACUCUUCACCAUCCAAACAUAGUGGGGUAUCGCGCAUUUGCGGAAGCCAGAGACGGGAGCAUGUGCCUUGCCAUGGAAUACGGAGGAGAAAAGUCUCUCAACGACCUCAUUGAGGAGAGGCGGGCCGAGCGGCAGGGGCCCCUCCCAGCUGCCACCAUCCUCAAGGUCGCCCUGUACAUGGCAAGAGGGCUGAAGUAUCUUCACAGCGACAAGAAGCUGCUUCAUGGUGACAUCAAAUCUUCCAAUGUUGUUAUUAAAGGAGACUUUGAGUCCAUAAAGAUUUGUGAUGUGGGAGUUUCACUGCCUCUGGAUGAGAACAUGACGGUGAGUGACCCGGGCGCUGCGUACGUGGGCACGGAGCCCUGGAAGCCCAAGGAAGCUCUGGAGGUCGGUGGGGUGAUCACCGACCGGGCGGACAUCUUCACGCUGGGCCUCACUCUGUGGGAAAUGAUGACGCUCUCCGUGCCCCACCUGAACUUGCUUGGAGAUGAUGAUGAUGAUGAAGCUUCUUUCGACGAGGACGACUUCGACGAGGACGCCUACUAUGCGGCCCUUGGGACUCGGCCACCCCUCAACAUGGAGGAGCUGGGCCCCUCGUACCAAAGGGUCAUUGAGCUUUUCUCUCUCUGCACCAUGGAAGAUCCAAGGAAGCGCCCUGCCGCUGCCCAGAUAGUGGCUGUCCUGGAAGCGGAGGGGCUUGCCCAGUGAGUCCGGCAAAAAAGCUCCACAAAUGGCCUGAGAAGAGAGAGCGACUGUAUUGCAUGAGAAUGUAACAUUUUCAGGUUUCCAUAAUUAUAAUUAGAACUGGAACUAGAACCAUGUUCCACUUUUUAACCAUUUAGAAGGUGCAAACCAGAAAUGACUGGUUCAGAUAGAUUGUUUCACGACUUGUCUUCAGUGGUAUCUUUUUUUCCUCCUGACCUGCGGAUAAGCCGACGUUGACAGAGGGGUCUUGGGUAGACGAGUGCUGCAGCAAUAUAUGUAGAGAGCACCAUUGUAGCUUGUCCCCCACCUCUGCUUCUUUGCAUUUGAGUUCCGGUUCAGGUGUGUGUGUGACUCACAGAUUAUUAGCACUUGCGGUAAGGUGUGAUCACCAGCAGUUGGUUGUGGGAAGAGCCUUCCUGGUCAAUUGGUGGGCGUGGCUCUCGUUCACUGGGUGUCCUGCAAAGUUCAGUCUCCUUUUGGGAAAGUGGCUGGCUUGUUUUCCUGGGACCCUUCUCUGUCCAGAGGCAGCAGGUUGCUGCCGGUGCUUGUUUCUGAUCUUUUAAACUCAUUUCUUAAUUGUCCGUCUGGGAUUUCUCUGGGACUGCCCCAUUCACUGAAAAAGAACACGCUUUGCCAACUACUGUUAGUGUUCCUCCGUCAGUCUCUGAGAGGACAGGCCAGUAGGACCUGCUACAAAGACUGGAAAGUCAGCUUUAACUUUUAUUAAGACUAUGUUGCAGAGAUGUAUAAAUUAGCAAUUAAAACAUACUUGCUCCA